UCAACGUCAAAUCAUUAUAUGCGUCAAAUGGGGUAACCUAAAAAUCAAAUUGUACAAAAUACAACAAAAUUUGGAUUUUGAUUUAGUUAGAAUUAAUUUUUAUAAUGGAUGAUAAUUUGUUGUCGAAGACAGAUCAGGAAUUAACGGGAAUAAGGCAAUUGCUGUGGGGCUCCAACAUCAAGCAGGACAUUUUCAAACGCUGGUCGCAGGGGUUUUAUUUUAGUGCAAACGAGAAAAGCGCGCUGGAACAAGCGGAGGGAGGACCAUGUGCGAUCAUCGCACCGAUACAAGCAUUUAUUUUAAAAAAACUUUUAACCGACUAUAAUGGAAUGUCAUUUCGUUACACCGUGGCCGAGGAGGUACAGCGCAAAGUUCUCGUAAACGCACUCUGCGAAAUUCUACAACAGUGUUCCCUAGGCAGUUACUACAUAGUUCAUUUAAGAAAUCGCGACGUAGCUUUAGAUAGUAGCGGACCAUCGUUAGUAAACGGCGACGAUACCAAUUCGGAGUCAGAUGCCAAAGUUUUCCACGACAAUUUAAAAAUUCGCCUAUGUCCGUUGAUGGAGGACGUUCGAAAGUAUUAUAACGAAAAUAUUCAUACACUUAACGCUCAAUUCGGAGUUUUAUUAUUUCUAUAUUCUGUGAUAGCAACGAAAGGCUUGGAGUCCGUUAGGUCGGAGUGCGACACGACGGAUCCGCUCAUAGACGAGACGUACGGCUACGGAAGUCAGAGUCUUAUUAAUCUUAUGAUUACGGGGAAGGCUGUCACGUACGUUUGGGAUAAUUUUCAAGAUGUCGGAGGCCUUAAACUGAAAGGACUGGACAAGCAGAGCGAAAUCGGAUUUAUAACUUUAAUGGAACACCUGAGGUACUGCACGGUCGGUUCGUUCUACAAAAAUCCGACCCACCCGAUCUGGGUGUUGGGCUCGGAGACGCACUUAACAGUGCUGUUCAGUGACGAAAAAUCGCUCGUCAGUCCGGAAACUAAGAGUGAGGAGGCACGACGCGUCUUCAAAAGCUACGAUCCGGACGGAAACAACUUCAUUAGUGUCUCCAGUCUGCGCGACGUCCUCUCUGCCUUAUCCCUCGUUAGCGACCAAGAAUAUGUCGACAUCAUGACAAAGAAAUUAGAUUCGGAAAACCUAGGCAUUAUUCUACUGAACGCGUUUAUGGACGAAUUCUUCCCCAAGGAGGAGUCCUCGGUUCCCGACAUGUUCCAGCUCAUCCACUACAACGGGCUGGCGCGCAGCAACGUCACCAAGCAGGUUCAGUACCACUACGGAUCCGCCAUACUGUUGGAAUCCGAUCUGAAGUCGAUUAACGACUCGGACCCCAUGCUGACCUGCCUGCAGACCAAGUGGCCGAACGUCGAGGUCCAGUGGUGCGACAACAUAACGCCCUCGUUAAAUUGAUCUGCGAACCUUAAGAUUGUACAAAUGAUUUUGUUAAUAUUGAUUUGUUGAACAAAAAAAAAAGAGAAAAGGUCUAAAUAAACUCAUCUUCACAUA